UCCGACCGUUCAGAGUGAGGCUGGCCACAGUGCGACCGCGCCUACUAUGGCUGAAACCAAGCCACACCGGCCCCACAGCACUAGUCUACAAUAGGUAGUGAGCCACAAACCGCAGCACGGCGUUGAGACGUCGUGGCCACGGUGCGGGCCACGACGUCUCUGUACUCUGCAUCAACUGUCGAGCUACUACUAUGGCGAACUUGGAUUCACUCGAGACCGCCUCAUUGGACUCACAUAUCCGUGUCAUUCGAGCUAUUCAAUUUACCUCGCAAGACCUCAGGCCUCUAUUACCAACCACGCAGCAGAAAGUCCCGGGAACGACGAUCAAUGUAUACGGCGCCUUCCUGCAGGACUAUACAACCUCUGAAAACCCCGACUUCUGUGUAUUCUCUUCAUGGAUACCUGCAAUCGUCGGCGGAACGCAGCGCGAAGGACCUUCGGCGGGUACGUUCGAGGGCCAUAUGCAAGCUGCAGGCGGCAAGGAAACCAUACGUGCAAGAGGGCGAUGGGCUGUCCCAAUGUGCAGUGGAGUGCCCUCACACUGGGUGCUCGGUUCUGUAGACUUCGGUCAACAGUCUGCUGUCAUCUACGACAGUAUGCCAGACUCAGAUUCAGUCUCAUGGGCUAAACCACUACUGUUCACGGUCGUGAAUAGAAUACUUCAAUACAUCAACCGUGCGACGUUCCUGUCAGUCGACGACACUUGGAGCUUUCGUGUCAUUUCCCCGCCGAUGCGGCGCCAGCAAUCGGACGGAUGGUCUUGCGGAGUCUUCGUCCUAUUAGCUCUGCACGACUUCGUUCAUCAGGACUCUUCAUACCAACAAGGGCAAGAGAUCUUACUUAUCUCGAAGCAGAGAGCUCUUGAGAGCCUCAUGCAAUUGCCGUAUGUUGUCGCACCUAUGAGACUGAGUGCUUCACUCACAAUGUUGCUGAUAGCAUUCUCGAGCAUCAGAACACUCACCGUCAACGCGGCCGAACUUCAGCAGCCGUCCUUUGUGGGUCUGAGUGGGAGGAACUCGAAGCAGGUAGUACCAUCGUGGCGGAUUUGUCCGCUACCAGGCGAGACUCUCCUUUCGGAAAUGACUCCGACCGUUCCGCGUCGCUUCGGGUUGCUGGAGCUGCCAGUGAUGGCGAGAGUAUGCGUACUACCCCAGAGACUUCUGAAGUUGCCGAACCCAUGGUCACACGUUCUCUGUCUCCUCGAGAGCUUGAAGAUGCAGACACACUGUUCAAAACGGACAAGGGAUAUGUGGUUGCUGAGUCGUCGGCACCUGCUGAUCCCAACUCAAUACCAAGCCUGGAAAGUUCAAAUGCAAGCACACCAGCUUCCGACGUACCACAGCUACCAGGAGAAGAAGAAACCGGUCCUGAUGGUGUGUACUGGGAACAUCCAGUACCUGGAAAGUCGAACAGUACGUGGACCCGCUACAAGCGGUGUACCCUCUGCAAGACUGCGGUCAAUCUAGGACAUGGCACCACACUUCACGCCUACAACGCGCAUCUGAACAGCGCUUCAUGUCGUGCUACUGCCGCGAAGCAGGAGAAGCAACACGCUCAACGCAGUCUGUUAGACAUGUUUCAACGUCCGACCAAAACAAAGCAAGACGUUCCUACCGGGUCCGGGUCCACAUCCGUUCAGCAUACACCACAACCGAGCUUGAGGGCCACUGCGACAUCCGGCGAAUCGAGUCAUGCUGCUCAGGCCAGGCCUGAUGACUCGGAGUGCGAGAUUGCGGCGAUGUACAGAGAACGUACUAUCUGUCCUG